UUGACGCCCGCUAAGGCAGAACUAGACGAUGAGAUGGUAUCUGAGGAGGAGGUUGAUGCUGGCUUCAGGGGCCUGUUCACUAAGCUAGCUGGAGAUGAUAUGGAGAUUUCAGCAGUUGAGCUCAGGAAUAUUUUCAACAAAAUCGUUGCUAAGCGAACUGACAUAAAGACGGACGGCUUCAGCCUAGACACAGCCAGAAUCAUGGUCAACCUCAUGGAUGACAGUGGUAACGGCAAACUGGGUAUGGGAGAAUUUGCGACACUGUGGAAGAAGAUUCAGAAAUACCUGUCCAUCUAUAAGAACAAUGACAUUGAUGGGUCUGGCUGUAUGAGCACACCAGAGAUGAGGAUGGCCUUGAGCAAAGCAGGUUUCAGCCUGAACAACACUCUCCACCAGGUUCUGGCGGCUCGGUAUGGAGAGGCUGACAUGACCAUUGACUUUGAUAACUUUGUGGCCUGCGUCAUGCGCCUGGAGAUGAUGUUCAAAGUCUUCAAGAAGAUUGACAUUGAUGAUACUGGCUAUAUUGAAUUGGAUUUCCACCAGUGGUUGUCAUUUUCCAUGAUCUAGAAGAUGGCAGCACAAGACCGUUCUCUCAAAGACCGUUCUCUCAAAGACCGUUCUCUCAAAGACCGUUCUCUCAAAGACCGUUCUCUCAAAGACAGUUCUCUCAGACAGUUCUUUCAAAGACCGUUCUUUCAAAGACAGUUCUCUCAGACAGUUCUCUCAGACAGUUCUUUCAAAGACCGUUCUUUCAAAGACCGUUCUCUCAAAGACAGUUCUCUCAGACAGUUCUUUCAGAGACCGUUCUCUCAAAGACAGUUCUCUCAAAACCAGCUACAAAUAAACCGAAGUGCCUUUUUAGAGAUGUUUCUUUUGAAACACACUGUAUUGCGUAACAUAAUGUUUUAAAGCGUUAUUUUAUGCUUUAUUUGUUUUAUUAGAUAUAGCCUCUGCCUAUUGAGAUCUGCAGAUUAUAACCUAAACCUACUUUUUUUUGUGAUAAAUGUAAGACAUCAUUUGAAUCCUUUCAUGCAGCUUUUAGUUGCUUAUAGUUGUGUGUCCUGUUUACCAAAGAUAUAUGCUAAUAAAUAACAUUGUUUUCCGAG